CAUAAAACUACCAAAAUGAGUGCGGCUGGGACAUAUGCCUGGAUGGCUCCUGAGGUCAUCCGCUCCUCAAUGUUCUCCAAAGGCAGCGAUGUGUGGAGUUACGGUGUGCUGCUUUGGGAACUGCUAACAGGAGAAGUACCAUUCCGAGGAAUUGAUGGUCUUGCGGUAGCAUAUGGUGUUGCCAUGAAUAAACUUGCUCUUCCAAUCCCUUCCACGUGUCCAGAGCCUUUUGCCAAACUCAUGGAAGAUUGUUGGAACCCUGACCCACACUCACGACCUUCCUUUGCCAGUAUCCUAGACCAUCUCACUGCCAUAGAAGAGUCUGGUUUCUUUGAAAUGCCCAAAGAUUCCUUCCACUCCCUGCAGGAAGACUGGAAACAAGAGAUCCAAGAGAUGUUUGAUCAGCUCAGAGCCAAAGAAAAGGAGCUGCGCACAUGGGAAGAAGAGCUGACUCGUGCUGCUGUUGAACAGAAGAACCAUGAGGAGUUGCUACGAAGGCGGGAACAGGAGCUGGCAGAACGCGAGAUUGACAUCCUGGAAAGGGAGCUCAACAUCAUCAUCCACCAGCUGUGUCAGGAGAAGCCUCGGGUGAAGAAACGCAUGGGAAAGUUCAAGAGGAACCGCCUCAAGUUAAAAGAUGGCAAUCAUAUCAGCCUGCCUUCAGAUUUCCAGCAUAAAUUCACUGUGCAGGCUUCUCCAACGAUGGAUAAAAGGAAAAGCUUGAUCAGUAGCUGUUCCAGCCCUCCUGCAAGCCCUACCAUUAUUCCCAGACUCAGGGCCAUACAGUUGACUCCUGCUGAAAGCAGUAAAACGUGGGGACGAAGCUCAGUCCUUCCAAAGGAGGAAGGAGAGGAAGAAGAGAAGAGAGGCCAGAAGAAAAAGGGACGCACCUGGGGACCGAGCUCACUUUGUCACAAGGAGCUAGGUGCAGGAGAAGAUGGUCUGAAAGCUCUGGUAGAAGGAUACAAACAGUGGUCAUCCAGUGCACCGAACCUUGGGAAGAUCCAGAGAACUGCACCUGCUUUUCCAGGAUUCACCAGCUUAGCAGAGAUGGAUGAUGAAGACAGCGAAUGUCUUAAUGGGGAGGGCAAAGCGCACCCUUCACCUGGGCACAAUCAGUCGUACCUCUGCAUCCCAUUUCAGAAGAAUGAAGACUGGGAUGGCCCUUCUAGUGAUGCCAAUGAGGAGUCCACCCCUGUGAACUCUGCUACUAGUACCCCACAGCUGACACCCACUAACAGCCUCAAACGUAGUGGCUCCCACCACAAGCGAUGUGAGGUUGCAUUGCUUGGCUGUGGAGCAGUGCUGGCUGCUGCAGGCCUGGGUUUUGAUCUGUUAGAAGCAGGGAAGUGUCAGCUGCUGAUUGAGGAGGAGCCAGAGGCACCCAAGGAAGAGAAGAAGAAGCGUGACAGCAUUUUCCAGAGAGCUGGACGCCCACGCAGAAGCACUAGUCCACCUUCCCGAAAGAUCUUCAAGAAAGAGGAUCCCAUGUUGUUGCUAGGCGAGCCAUCCACAUCCCUCACCCUUCUUUCCCUGUCUUCCAUUUCCGAAUGUAAUUCCACUCGGUCCCUGCUGCGCUCAGACAGCGAUGAGAUUGUGGUGUAUGAAAUGCCUGUCAGCCCAGUGACAGUCAAGGCUCCCUUGCCAGCCAUUACCAACCCACUAGUCAAUGUCCAGAUCGAGAGGUUCAAACAAGACCCCAACCAGUCCCUGACUCCCACACAUGUGACGGUCUCUUCCCACACCCAGCAAAGCGGGCACAGGCGCACACCUUCUGAUGGUGCCAUCAAAGGGAGUGGACUAGUUGUCAAUGGGUGCCCAACCAGUGGAUGCCCUUCCAGUAGCUGUUUAACUGGAGCACUGGGAGCAGGUGUAUUAAAAACACCUAGUCCAAGUAGAGAUCCCAAUGAGGUCCCUCGCCUGCCAGACCCCAACCUUGUUUUUCCUCCAACCCCGAGACGAUGGAAUACACAGCAGGACCCCACACUGGAAAGACCCAAGACAUUGGAGUUCCUGCCCCGGCCACGUCCUGCAGCCAGUCGGCAGCGGCUUGAUCCCUGGUGGUUUGUGUCACCCAGCAACGCCAAGGGUGAAUCUUCUGCCAACAGUUCAAGUACUGAUACUCCAAGCAAUCUGGACUCUUGUUUUGCUAGUAGCAGCAGCACUGUAGAAGAGAGACCUGGACUGCCUGCACUGCUUCCUUUCCAGGUGGGUCUUCCUGUAGAGGAACGGACACUGUUGGACAUAGAUGCUGAGGGGCAGAGCCAGGACAGCACCAUUCCGCUAUGCAGAAGUGAACUUAACACACACAAAGCUGCAGCAUAUGAACUCAAGCAAGAAUUCUGGUCAUAG